GGUACAGAAGACCGACUUCCAUUGCGGCAUCGGACGAUCAUGACAUGUAUACAAAGGACCCAGAUGGAGCUAGUGAAAGUGAUGCCAGUGCCAACGGCGGAAAUGGAGGUGUUGCAUCCUGGUCGGUUUCAUUUGAAAGACUCCUUGCUGAUAAUUCGGGAAUACACGCGUUUGCGGAGUUCUUAAAGAAAGAAUUUUCGCAUGAAAACAUCUACUUCUGGACAGCUUGUGAACGCUAUCGUCGCCUUGAACGGCAGGCAGACCGCGAGCGGGAAGCUCGGGAAAUAUUCGAUGCUCACCUGGCAGACGGAGCGCUUGAGCCGGUUAACGUCGAUGCACAGGCCAGACAAAGCACCCAGGAUGGUCUUGCUACUGCGGAUAAAGAUCUAUUUAGUCAGGCUCAAAAGCAGAUCUUCAAUUUGAUGAAAUUCGACAGUUAUCCUCGGUUUUUGCGUUCAGAUCUACACAGACAAUGCGUGGCCGCCGAGGCAUCACACAAGAGGCUUCCAUUUCCCAUUGAUAAUAAGACUGAUGAAAAAUUAAGAAUUAGUUCUGCGCAACAAACUCCAUCAAAGUUAAAGAAAUCGCUUUCUAAUGCUGAAGAUCGUCGUCGUAAAAGUUUAAUGCCAUGGCAUCGCAAAACGAGAUGUAAAUCCAAGGAUCGCGGCGAGCAAAACUACAAAGGAGGUCAGGGUAGCGCGCUCGCCAAACAAAGCGCUUUGUCUGCGAGCAACGCGGAGGUGCAUAGUUCGGUGGGAUCAUUAGCUAGUUGGGACGCUGCUCUUAAUAAACAGCUGGAGAGUCCUUUCGAUGACACCCAGAUACCAGAUGCGAUGCCUAACAGAAGUACUUUAUGUCGCGUUGUUUUAUCGGAUGAAUCGACUGCUUUACUUCAAACACAACCAAAUGAUUCUGUUAGACAACUCAUUGAUAGAUUAUUGGAAAAACGUGGCAUACGAUAUAGAGCCUAUGAAGUUCAUAUUUCUGGAACUAAUAAGCCAAUAAAUGUGAUAGAUUCAUCGAGAAUUUUAGCUGGCAAAGUUGUUGUUGUAGAACAAAGAGUAGUUUUCAAAUUGGAUUUACCGAAUAAAAAAGUCAUUUCUGUGAAGAGCAAGAUAACGAAAACGUUAGGCGAAGUUUUAAGGCCAAUUUUGCACAAAUACAAUUACAAACUCGAUCUUGUUCAGGUGUUUUUAAAAGCUGAAGCAACUGAAAGUCUUGAUAUGUCAAAAUCAGUGUUAGUGGCAGAUGGCCAGAGACUUCUUGUCCAAUGCAGACCGGAAGGUUGGAUCGGUGAAGUAACACAGAUAAGUACAGCAGGCAUUUUGGGAAGUUCUGCAGCAAGAUUAAAGUUAGAAAUGAGUAUGAAUACAAAACCCCAAGAAACGUUUGCUGAAGGUGCCUCUCUCAAUGAAAUUACCAAUCGAGUUUUCGAAGAGUUACUUCAAGGCAAAUCUGAAGCACAGAAUCUCAAAGUCAAAUCUUUAGACCAGCAUUCAAUAAAAUCUGAAGAUUGUGGAUCGGAAACUUCAUCUGGAAUAUUCAGUCGGUUUCUAAGAAGGGAUUCUAAUAUGCCUUCUAAAAUGGCUAAUGGGCUUUCUAAGAAAUAUAACCAAUUUACAUCAAAAACUAACAAAGUGCCACUUCCAGAUGAACAAGCUACGGAAUCUCGGAAACCUCUCAUAGCCAAAUGGAAACCAGGUGCUAAAUUACAAGUUACUGGAAGACAAUCAGAAAGUGAUGAACUUCUAGAAGGACUAAACAGAGCACAGAGGGCGCGUCUAGAGGAUCAAAGAGGAACUGAAAUAAAUUUCGAGUUGCCUGAUUUUUUGAAGGAUGGAGAUAAUUUGCAAUCCUGUUCAAAACUACGAAAAAUUUUAAACACAGAUAACGACGGCGCCGAAUCAAAUGUAACGAGUGCCGAUAAUCCUGACACGUCUAAAUGCAAAAAUCCAAAUGAUGUUCCCACUCCCAGCAUUAGAUUAUCUCCUGGACACAAGCCUAAUCCUGCACCUAGGUUAUCUAUAGGUAGAGUUCAGAAUUUGCCAAGUAAGCUUGAAGAUAGAAGAACAAGCGAAUCACAAGUUCAAAUCAAAAUAAAUGCUCUUGAAAAAUGCUCAAGUGCAGGCCACAUUUCUUCUAGUUCAUUCAUGUUAAAUAACAAUUUUCCAAGAUCACCAGUAAAACCUGCCAACAAUCCUGAUAAAAGUUUUGUGUAUGCAGAUAAUAAAAACAAAAAUCAUUUUGAAGAUCAAAAAAUGAUUAAAGAUUAUGUCAAUCAGAAUCAAAUUAGUACUAAUGAAGGAUUUGCGAAUGAUAUUUUAAAUUGUAGUUUUCAAAGUAAUUCUAGUAGUGAUAGUGAUAAAUUAAAAAGUGCCUCCGAUCCACCCCCUUUGCCUCCAAAACCAAAAGUACUACCAAUGAAACCGUCUAACUGGGGUCAAAAUUUACAGACAGUUUCAUCUGAAGGUCAAUUGAAAACUCCCCAAGAACGUUUGAGGAGCUCAAAUACAGAAAAUAUAUUAAAGCGAGCUAUUUACUUAGAUCAACAUAAUAGUAGUUUUGUUUGA